AUGACAGAGACCAUUCUUUUAUGGACCCGCUACUUCUUCCGAUCCUUUGACAUGUCCAUCAGCCUCGGGGACGGUCCUGAUAUCGGUGGUUUCCCAGACAAGAAUCUAUCUUGCAUCGCGCGCUUCCUCUCGUCUCUGACAGAAAACAGGCAAUUCCCCUUUGCCCUAUACUCCGAGCCCGAUUUUAUCCAGAACGUCACUCGGUUGUGGCUAUACCUCACCCUUCACGGAUACCAAUCAGCAUAUGAAAUACGGGCGCUGAUGGCUGGCCUUACUGCGUUUGAUGAAAAGAUACCAGAAAUAUCCGAAUUGUUACGAUCACGGUACGAAAUGGAGGACGUAGCCACUGCGAUAAUGCGGGGUCUCAUCGAGGACCAGUCUCGUCAGCCGCAGCAGUAUAGUGAUUACAUCAGAAGUGGGAAACUCUUAACAUUCGGCGCAGGGAUUUCGGACCAUCUCUACGACUGUUUAGUCGCCCGAAAAUCAAUCAUGUGGUGCUGUCGUGCGAUUCGCACACUCUUGUCUAAACCCAAGACACACGUCCCUUCAGAGGCAAGAAAACGAGCCAUGGCCCUCCAGCACCUGCUUGGAUACGUCUUUUCACCCUGCCAACACUACGUGUACAAUCUCACAGAGGCAUUGGACUUCCAUCUCCUCGAGUCGGUAUUGAUGGUAAACCACUUUAUCUCCUUGAACGAGAGCUCCCUGGGAACUGAAAUGACCCUGCCGAUGACCUAUGACUUUUUGGUCGGAGUAUUGGAGCUCGCUGCGACUUUCAUAGUAUAUCGAUCUGUCCUGCGCCGCAUCCUUCGGAUCGUGAAGCAUGCCAACAAGUUUGAGUCCACGCUAGGACAAGGGCGUGUAGCCCAAAGUUGGUAUCGUCUGAAGGCUCUUGCUCUUGAGCGUGAAAGGGACAUGCGUCGAUAUGACAUGGAAGAAAACAAAGGUCGUUUUAUAUGCGAGAAUCAGCAGUGCCCCAACAAGGAGACAACGCUUCGAACAUCUUCCCGACGCUGCGGGGGAUGUUUGAACGUGAUGUACUGCUCUCCAGAGUGCCAAAAGAUCGACUGGAAAGCGAUUCCAGGACAUCGCUUGUCAUGUUUGGAGAAUCAGUCAAAACGGAAAGGUGGAAAGCCGUACGGAAUAUCCUGCAUUGACCUCGAAUUCUGCUUUGCAAAGUGCAGAGAUGAUAUUCGAGCGCACUUGAAUCUUAUCCGUGCUUUGAGAACACAGGAUCUCAACGAGCAGGCUGGGAAUACUGAUCCUGUUGCUACGACCAUCGUGAUGAGCUACCGUGGGCCUGGAAAGGGUGUGAGGAUGUUGAGGAGGGAUAUUUCGACUUGCGCGGAACUAGUGGGGGAAGACAAAUGGCAAUCGGUGAAGAAGGCUGACGAGGACGUUAUCAUUAUCAUGGAGAUCCCUCACGUUAGGGGCCAGCCAUUGUAUCAUGCCUUCCCGCUUUCCGAGCGCGGUAUUGCACUCUGA